AUGGAUGAGGCUAUUCAGGAUUUGAGAAGGAGACCUGUCGACCACCGAUCUCCAACUCAUAAGGAGGAAGUAAAGGGGAAGUUGAGUUCAGCACCGUUAUUAGAAUCCUGCUGUUCCCUGAGAACUCCUGUGCCAAGAAGGAUACAAACGGUCGCAGUAGCAUGGUAUGUCUCAGCAUUGGCAAUCAUCUUAACCUGCUUUCUUUACUCUUUAGCCAAUCCUUUCCUAUGGAUUUUCUCGAUCCCCUAUACCAUCUUCUUCAUGUUUGACAGAACUCCUGGUAAUGGGAACGUAAUGUCAAGGGUUUCACCGUGGUUUAGAUCUUUACCAAUUUGGAGACGUUACUGUGAGUAUUUCCCUAUUUCUUUAGUCAAGACUGCAAAUUUAGAACCUACAUUCACACCACGAGAGAGCAAAGGAGAACGAUCACCAUCAUCUGGAAGUAAAUGGUUUUGGAGAAAAUGGUUUAACUCCAACGACCAAUUACAACGUACCGGUCCCCGCUAUAUCUUUGGAUACCAUCCUCAUGGUGUCGGAUGUCUAGGCGCCUUUGGCGUCUUCGGCACCGAAGGUUGUAAUUGGUCAAAAUUGUUCCCUGGUAUACCCGUCUCACUACUCACUUUGGUUAAUCAAUUUCAAAUGCCAGUUUACAGAGAUUAUUUGAUGGCCUUGGGAGUUAGUGCAGUUUCAAGAAAAAACUCAUUAAAGACUCUAGAAAGAGACCAUUCCAUUUGUAUUGUAGUUGGAGGUGCUCGUGAAUCAUUGCUCCAAGGUGUAAAUACCGUUGAUUUGAUCUUAAACAGAAGAAAGGGCUUCAUAAGAUUGGCAUUGGAGGCUGGUAAUGUUUGUCUAGUCCCAACAUUUGCAUUUGGUGAAGCCAACUGUUAUAAUAUUAUUCAACCUAAAAAUGGUUCUUUUUGGAAAAAGUUCCAACUCUGGCUGAAGAACAAUGUUGGCUUCACCGUCCCACUCUUCUACGCUCGUGGUCUGUUCAACUAUGAUUUUGGAUUCUUACCUUACAGAACACCGGUAACUGUGGUUGUCGGUAAACCUAUCUUUGUGGAAAAAAGAAGAGAAACACCAACUGAUGAAGAGCUGGACUACUACCAUGGUAUCUAUAUCCAAGAAUUGAAGAAAAUCUUCUACGAGAAUAGAGAUAAAUACGGGUUUUCUGAUGUUGAAUUAAGGAUUGUCGGUUAG